AUGGGUUUUAUACUUGCAAUAGGCAAUUUUUUUUAUGAUGCAACAAGGAUAUUAAUAAGGAAACUUAGGACCAUUCUUCAACAUCUUUGCAAAUGCAACUAUUUAAAAUGCCUUUGUUAUGCAGUGGUAGGGAAUAUGACAGAACACGUGUCAACAACUGAAAGUCACGAAUGUGAACAAAUAAGAGUUUUAACUCUAAAUAAUGGAGAACAUCUUGAUGGUAUAUUAUAUAAAUUAAAAAAAGGAUGGAAAGUAGAAUUUCGUUUAGGUGCUUCUCUUCUAGGGAAGACACUUGAUCUUUUCAUAAAUUAUCCUUUAGGAGAAAAUAAAAAAUUUGAAAGACAUACAUAUUAUCCAUUAGAAUGGGUUAAUGAGGCAGCUAAUAUAUGUUUAUUUUUGGCUGGUUCAUUUCACUAUUAUCUUAUAGAUCCUAAUUCUGAAUGUAUGAAACCCAUUGCUUCUGGAUACCUCCUGGUGGAUCCAGAACUUAAAAUAGGAGAACAUGGUGAUGAUUUACCAUUAGAUUGCAUUCAAUGUCAAACUGUUCUUGCAAAAUGUUUAGGACCAUUUUCUACUUGGGAAGAUAAAUUAUUAAUGGCUAAAAACUCUGGAUAUAAUGUGAUUCACUUUACUCCAAUUCAAGAAUUAGGAUAUUCUAAAUCAUCAUAUAGUCUUAGUGACCAAUUAAAAUUAAAUCCUUCUUUUAAUGAUGGUGAUAAAUCAAUAACAUAUGAAGAUGUUGAAGGACUGAUAAAUAAAAUACGCAAUGAAUGGAACAUACUAAGCAUAUGCGAUAUUGUUUUGAAUCAUACAGCAAAUGAAAGUUCUUUUUUAAUAUCUCAUCCAGAGUGUACAUACAAUUGUUUGAAUAGUCCUCAUUUACGUUCUGCAUAUAUUUUGGAUGCUGCAUUGUUUGAAUUGACAGUACAAGUCGCAGCUGGAGAAUGGGAAUUUAAAGGUAUUCCUCCAAUAGUUGAAACUGAAGAACAUUUAAAUUCAAUUCGUCAUGCAUUACAUACAUAUUUUUUACCGCUUGUGAAAAUACAUGAAUUGUAUGUAUUGGAUAUUAAUGAAACCAUUGCUGAAUUUUUGAAUUUGGCACAAAAUCAAAUGCCUCAAGAUAACAUUAAACCAAUAUCGGACGAUAUCAAAAUAAUAAAAGAUCCGAAAUUUCGUAGAUUGAAAGCAACUAUAAAUAUGCAACUUGCUUUGCAAAAAUAUAACAUAUAUAGAGCCGAUUGUUUUGACGAAGAUACUCGUUUGAAACGUUGUGCUGAAGACUUAAGAAAAAAAUUACAGGAACUUAAUAAUGUAAUCAUUAACGAAGUACAAAAUCAUCUGAAUGCUGCAGUUGAGAAUUCCAUUGCCGGUAUACGAUAUUUUAGAGUACAAGCUGAUGGACCUAAGCUUAAAGAAAUAAGCGAAAGAAAUCCACUUGUUCCUAGGUAUUUUACUGAUUAUGGAGCAUCUCAAACAUUAACUGAAAGAGAAGCUACAAUGUAUUCUGACACAGGCUGCUACCUUAUGGCUCAUAAUGGAUGGGUAAUGAAUGGAGAUCCUCUAAAAAAUUUUGCUGAUCCUGAUUCUAAUGUUUACAUAAGAAGAGAACUGAUUGCUUGGGGUGAUAGUGUAAAAUUAAGGUAUGGAAAUAAACCAGAAGAUUGUCCUUUUUUAUGGCAGCAUAUUACUACUUAUGUUGAACAAACGGCUAAAAUUUUUGACGGUAUUCGUUUAGACAAUUGUCAUUCGACCCCUAUUCCAGUUGCAGAGUAUAUGCUUGAUGUUGCACGUCGAGUCCGUCCAGAUUUGUACGUUGUUGCCGAAUUAUUUACAAAUUCCGAUCAAAAAGACAACAUAUUUGUCAAUCGACUUGGUAUCACAUCUUUGAUUCGAGAAGCUAUGUCUGCAUGGGAUAGUCAUGAAGAAGGUCGAUUAGUAUACCGAUAUGGAGGCGAACCAGUUGGUGCAUUUUUGCAACCACGUAAACGGCCUUUAGUACCGAGCAUAGCACAUGCAUUAUUUCUAGAUUUAACUCAUGAUAAUCCUAGUCCUGUAGAAAAGCGUAGCGUGUUCGAUUUGCUUCCAAGUGCUGCUCUUGUAUCAAUGGCUGCAUGUGCUAGCGGCAGCAAUCGUGGAUACGAUGAAUUAGUUCCUCAUCAUAUACACGUUGUAGAUGAAACAAGACAAUAUUCAUCCUGGACAGAUGAUGAAUCGUUGGUGGAUGGAAUUAAAUUUGUAGGUUUAAAGACUGGUAUAAUUGCGGCGAAGAAAGCAUUAAAUGAUUUGCAUUAUACUCUCGGGCAAGAGAAGUUUUCCCAAGUAUUUGUUGACCAAAUGGAUAGUGAUAUAGUAGCUGUAACAAGACAUUCUCCAACAACUCACGAUAGUGUAAUUUUAGUUACUUUUACAGCGUUCAAACAUCCCGAUCCUAAUGCAAACGAUUUGAGAAGACAUGUGAAACCAUUGCGAGUGGAAGGUGUAAUAGAAGAAAUUAUUUUUGAAGCAUCUUUAUCUCAUAUAGAAACUAAGAAUGGAACAUCACGUUUCCACUAUCCUGAAAAAUAUGUACAAGAUGAAAAUUAUAUAAAUGGUCUCUCAGAAUAUAUUGUAGACCUUAAAGAACAUAUACAAAUUUGUGAUUCGGAAAUUUUCGAAAAAGUUGAUUCUGGUGAUCCUAAAAUAACUCAGCUUAAUUUCGUAAACUUUCAGCCUGGUUCUGUUGUUGCUAUUCGUGUAUCCCUUCAUGCUAAUACAAAACCUGCUCUUGCAAAACUCCAUAAUAUUAUUUCAAUAAUAACAUCGCAGAAAAGUUCCGACAUACGUGUUAUUGCCUCUCGUAUGGAUUUAGUAGAUUUAAAUAAGGUUUUAUAUCGAUGCGAUCAAGAAGAACGCGAUGAAACUUCAAAUAGAUUUGGUGUAUAUGACAUUCCUGGAUAUGGGCCACUUGUUUAUGCAGGAUUACAAGAUUAUACUUGGCAACGAUUAAAAGAAGAUGAUGGAACUAAAACUCUUGGAGAAUGGCUUGAAGAAGUCACUGAACCAUUUAAAUUAAUACCUCGCUAUCUAGUUCCUAGUUAUUUCGAUGUUAUAAUCGUAAACGUUUAUAUGAUACUUCUUGAGCAAUGCUAUAAUCUAAUGUCAAGUUUUGUGAAAGAUGGUUCCACUUUUGUAAAAAUUCUAUCUUUGGUUUCAAUUCAAAUGGGAGGUAUAGUAAAAUCAGCUCCAUUACCGGAUUUGUCUCCAAAUAUAGAUCCUCCUAAACCAAAGAUUAAACAAUAUAAUGGCGAAAGUGAACAAAUAUGUAUGACGUUGUCUGCUGGUUUACCACAUUUUACCACAGGAUAUAUGAGAAAUUGGGGAAGAGAUACGUUCAUUUCUUUAAGGGGACUAUUAAUAUUAACAGGAAGACAUGCAGAAGCACGAUUUAUUAUUCUCAGCUAUGCUGAAACUUUGCGACAUGGUCUUAUACCAAAUUUACUUGAUAAAGGAAAAAAUGCUAGAUAUAACUGUCGAGAUGCUUUGUGGUGGUGGUUGUAUACAAUUCAAUGUUACAUACAAGAAAUACCAAAUGGUUUAAAAAUUUUAACAGACAAAGUUUCGAGACUAUUUCCAACUGAUGAUUCUCCCGCAUUAUCUGCGGGACAAAUAGAUCAGCCGUUGCACGAUGUUAUUCAAGAAGCUCUUAUGGUACAUUUCCAAGGACUUUGUUUUAGAGAAAGAAAUGCUGGGAGACAAAUUGAUGAGCAUAUGACAGAUCGUGGUUUCAAUAACCAAAUUGGAGUACACCCAGAAACAGGAUUCAUAUUUGGUGGAAAUGACGCAAAUUGUGGCACUUGGAUGGAUAAAAUGGGUUCUUCUGAAAAAGCUGGUAACAAGGGAAAACCAGCUACUCCAAGGGAUGGUUCAGCUGUAGAAAUAGUGGGACUAAGCAAGAGUAUUCUCAGCUUUUUGGCUGAAUUAUAUAAGCAAAAUCUUUUUCCUUAUGGCAGUGUGCAAAGAAAAAAUCGUGAUGGCUCUGUUAUAACAUGGAGCUAUAAACAAUGGGCAGAUAAAAUUUCAUUGAAUUUUGAAAAAUAUUUCUACGUCAACGAAGUAUCAUCAGAAGGAGAAUUAAAACCAGAGCUUAUUCACCGCCGUGGAAUUUUCAAAGAUAGUCAUGGAGCAACACAAGCAUGGGCUGAUUAUCAACUACGACCUAAUUUCCCAAUCGCAAUGGUUGUCGCUCCAGAGUUAUUUAAUCCGGAACAUGCAUGGACAGCAUUAAAAAAGACAGAAGAAAUUUUAUUAGGACCACUUGGAAUGAAAACAUUAGAUCCUGCUGAUUGGGCAUAUAAUGGAUAUUACGAUAAUUCUAAUGAUAGUGGAGAUACUAAAUUAGCUCACGGUUGGAAUUAUCAUCAAGGGCCUGAAUGGGUUUGGCCCAUUGGUUAUUUCCUUCGCGCUCGACUAUAUUUCGCUCCAUUAGUUGGAGGAAAGGAAGAAUUACGUCGCACAGUCGAAUCAACUGAAUCUAUUAUUUCUCGACAUUUCAUAGAAAUAUCUACAAAUCACUGGAGGGGUCUUCCUGAACUUACCAACAAAGACGGAGAAUAUUGUAAGGACAGUUGUAGAACACAAGCUUGGAGUGCUGCUUCUAUAUUAGAAAAAAAGAACGUAGCAUUAGAAACAAAGAUCACAAUAAUAAAUGGCACAUAUUUAACACAGCUAUAGAAACACCAAGCACGGAAACACACGCAUUUGGUAUUUCGCACAUAGAUAAAAUGCCACCGUACAAAUUUAUGAAUGCUGACACAAUAUCUACAAACGAUGACAUUUUCUUGAUGCAAGCACUUCAGGAAAAUGAAAGUAAGAAAGAUACUAAACACGAUUAUGUAUCUCCUACUGCCAUUAGUAAUUUAGAAAUAAUUGAAACUAUGUCAAAUACAACAGAAUUGUCAAUGAUGUCGGGAAGCGAACUUCAUAAAUCAAGGCAAUUUAUACAUGGAAAUGAACCUUUAAACUGUGAGACUAAAAAUAAAUUUAAAGAUGGUCUAAUUGACCACAAUGCUGCAUUAACAAAACAGAAUACAGAGGAAAAUAAUGCAAUGACAAAAUACUCAUCUAAACUGGAUCAUGUUUAUGAAGAAGUUAAUGCUCUUGAAUGUGAUAUUAUGGAUUAUUACGAAAAAUAUAGUCCUACUACGGCGAAAACUUUGAUAAAUACACUUUUUCUUCCUCUACAUAAAAUUUGUAAAAAAUGUGCCAGUUUACAAGGUAGUCCAGUAUACUCUGAUCGUUUGAUAUAUGCAAAGAAGCCAUUGUAUGCGAGGGAAGUUCAUUUAUUUCAACAAAACGAAACUUUACAAUUUAAGUAUUGCUCAGAAAAUGGUAAACAUGACAAUACAUUAUAUUUGCAAUACGAUGACAUUCGGCAUUGCUUAUUAGUUCAUAAUUACUUAAAAACUAAUGCUUCCAGUAUAUUCUACUUUUAUGGCCUACCACGAGAUAUUUUUGAUUUAAAAACAAUAUUAAAACCAAAUAUUUUGGUUAUAAAUAAUAAUGCAAAAGAAAUAGUAAAUACAGAGUUAUAUCAUCGGUGUACAAGUAAUUUUUACACAAGAAUAUCAAGUAAUGGUAUUGCACCUACAGCAUUUCAUAUGAAUCAUAAUAACAUUUUAAAUUCUAUAAAACAUGUUGGAUACGAUACUGAUUUGCAAAAUUGGAUAAAUUAUCGUAACGAUGUAUUUCGAGCGUACAGUUUUAAACAGAAUGAUGUAAUUGAUCAUCGCGCGAAUAGAUCCAGUUUAUUAUUGUUAGAGCCAUUGCUGUUAAUGCCAGAAUUAGGAAAUUCUAGGUAUAGGCAAGGGAAAAAUCGUACACAAUCAGAACACGUAAAAAUAGUGAAAAUAGUAAUUGCAUAUACUCUUUCUUUCUUCAUUUUAGCAGUAAUCACAUUUUAUAUAAUUUAUUUCACUUAAUAAAAUGUGACUAUAGAGUUCGACUAAAACAUAAUGUUCAUUUGCACUUAUUCUUUUGUUUCUUGCAUAAUAUAUUUGGAAAUAUAUUUUGAUUCUAAUUUUAUUUAGAAACUUAUAUAUAAAACGACAUAA